AUGGAAAUAAUAAACCAGGCUAUUAAGAAUUUGAGAAUACGCUAUGAUAAUUUACAUGUAGAAGAUUGGAAUUAUGGUGAAUUAGUAGUACUGAUUGAUAUUGAAGAAGAUAAUAAAGAAUGUUCAGAUAUAGAGGUAGAGAUAGAGUUAGAUAGUAAUAGUAAUAAAUCAACUGAUAAUGUACUAGAAAUGAUUAAAGAACCAGUAGCUAAAAGAGAGCCUACUAUAUAUGAAAUAGAAUUUGAAAAGGUUGCAGAUUCUGAUAAUAAGUGUAAUAUAAAUCAAUUGAAGAAGUAUUUACAUACAUUAGGAUUAGCACCAACAGAGAGUCAGAUGUUAAAAAUAGUAGAUAAAUAUGGAGAUUCUAAAAUAAGUUUAGAGAAUGCAUUAAUGGCAUAUAAAGAAAUAUCUAAUGAGAAAUAUACAAAUGAAGAUUUAAGUAAAGGUAUUGAAUCUGAUUCUACUAUGAUUUCAAGAAAGAGACUUCAUUUAUUGCUAGAACAAUUUGGUGAUCAUAUGACUGCAGAAGAAAUUGAUACUGCACUAGAUAAGUUGGGAUUCCAAGGAUUAGAUUCAUUUCCAAAGAAAGAAUUUUUGGAAGCUUUAAGUAAAGAUGCAAAACAAGUUCAAGUUUCCGAAAAUGAAAUGAAUGAAAGUACUGAUAAAACAGAUACACAAGUGUCAAAUUUAGUGGCUGAAAAUCCAGUAGAUAAAAAUCCAAUAGAUGAAGUUGUAUUAAAUUGA